UUGUAAAAGGACAUGGGAUAGGGCCCAGUGUGUUGCAGGCAUCAUAUUUGUGACCAUUUUCCUUGCUGUUUCCCGUCAUUUAGAUUGAAGUGGAGCACAGCUUGUUCUGCACGCAUUUGUAUCUAUUUAUAAGUAAAUCCUCCCUGCCAAGAAAGAAACCAUCGAAAUCUCUAGCUUCUUUUUGAUUUUCCACAGUUACAAACAUUGUUGCUUCUGUUGAAUAUUUUGGGUAGAGAGGGAAGAUCCGACUUUCCAUCUUAACAUUCAUUUUACGAAUUUGGGGGUCACAGCCCAUCUCGAAUCAGAAGAGAUGGAUUUGGGAGAUUUGUUUUUAUUUUCAGAUCAAAUUGCCAUCUUCACAAAUAGAUAUGUAAACCCUCCUUGGCGUUUAGAAGGGUUAGCUUCUAUUUGGAAUGCUAAGGUUACGAGUAUUUCUGCAUUUUAUGACGUGAUGCUAUCCGAUCCCACUUGUGCCUCAAAACUAGUGCAUUCAAAGAAGUGCAGGUGUCCCGGCAAGCUUGAGGAGUGGAAAGAAGCUCUUACUUCACCUCAGGCUACGAACCCAGCAAGCAUAAGAUCGGUCUCCUUAUUGGCAAGAAAUGGUUGAUGCCCUUACCAUAUGCGAGACAGGGUUCAAAGCCCCUACUGAGUGUGAUUUGAGGGGACCCAUUUUGUCUCAAUUGGUGAAUGAUGUGAAGAAAGAAUUAGAUGAACAACACCAUAUAUGGAGCACUAAAGGUUGCACCAUCAUGACUGAUGGUUGGACGGAUAGGAGAAAUAGAACUCUCCUUAAUUUUCUUGUUUCUUAUGCAGGGGGCAUCGUUUUCAUCAAGUCCAUUGAUGUUUCCACCCAUUGCAAGAAUGCCACUUACCUAUGUGAGCAGAUAGAGGAGGUGAUUGAUGAGGAGAACGUGGUACAAGUGGUAACCGAUAAUGCAACAAAUUAUGUUGAUGCGGGUAAACUUUUGAUUGCAAACUAAUUUUGUUUGCAAAUUAAUUACUAUUUUGUACCUCCAUUAAUUACAAUGCUACAAAUUAUGUUGCUGAAGGUAGACUAUUGAUGGAGAGACACCCAUCUAUAGUUUGGACUCCAUGUGCUGCCCAUUUCAUUGACCUCAUGUUGGAGGAUAUUGGAAAACUCCCACGGGUCAAGAGAUGUGUAGAAAGGGCGAGAAAUGUGUGCAAAUUUGUAAAUAAUCAUUCAUGGGCAUUGGCUCUUAUGAGACAAUACACAGAGCAGAAGGAGUUGGCUUGUCUAGGAAUCACAAGAUUUACCACAAACUUCAUCAGAUUGCAGUCCAUGCUUAGCUCUAAGUCAGCCUUGAGACGUAUGAUUGUUGGUGAGGAGUGGUCUUCCUCAUCCUAUGCUGCCACCCCUGCAAAGAAAGAUAUGACAGAUUGCAUUUUUGAUGAAUGAGACUUUUGGGUCCCUUGCGAUAAGAUAGUGAAGUUUGUUAAACCCUUGGUGGUUUUGUUGCGAGUUGCGGAUGGAGAAAAACCCACAAUGUGUUACAUAUAUGAGGGCAUGGAUAGGGCGAAAGAGGGCAUCAAAUCCGUCUAUGGAGGAGAUGAGAGAAAGUAUGGUCCCAUUUGGGAAAUGAUGAUAGGAGAUGGCAUCAUCAGCUUCAUAGGCCCAUCCAUGCAGUAGCCUAUUAUCUGAAUCCGACAUUCCAUUUAAUCCCUUCUUUCAAGUCUGAUGUAGAGGUCCUUAAUGGGCUAUACUCGAUCAUGGAGAGGAUGGUACCUACCGGUACUACUCAGAUAGAGCUUAUUCAAGAGCUAUAGUUGUUCUCAGAUGCACAAGGGGAGACCUUCUCUUGUCUUGUUGCCAAAGACGAUAGGACAACUAUGAUGACAGAUCAUUGGUGGAGCUUUUUUGGCCCAAUGACACCAAAUAUUCAGAAAUUGACCAUUCGCAUCUUGAGCCAACCAUGCAACGCAUUUGGUUGUGAGCGCAAUGAGAGUAUGUUUGAGCACAUACACUCCAAGAGGUGCAAUAGAUUAUCUGUGGAGAAGAUGAAUGAUCUCGUCUUUGUUCACUACAACCUCCGCCUGAGAAUGAGAAAGAAUGCAUUAGUUGACAUCUCUCCUAUCAUUCUAGAUGAGGUUGAUGCUAAAGCAGAGUGGGCCAAUGAGAGUGAGAUAGAUCUUGUGAUUGUCUUUAAUGAUGAUGACACUGAUUGGAUUGACCAGGUAGAUAUGGAGGUUGAGGUUGUAGCCAUGGCAGAGGAGGAGCAAAGAGCACGAGCAAAGACAAGAGAUACUGAUAGUGACACAGAUGUUCUUGAUGUUGGUGAGCAUGGCAUGGUGUCACGGGGAGCGACUAUGGUUGCCGAAUCAUCCAGGAUCUACCUUAAACGCCUUCGCAAGGGGCCGAGGCGAGAGGGUGCACGCUCCUCCGAGCCAUAGGCUUGUAGUUGUAUGUACCUUUGGUAUUUGUGUGGAACAUUUGAUGAUGAUCAUAUGAUGACAUAGUUUUUUUAUUCCAUGAGUUUUGUAAUAUUGUAUAAAUUUGACAAUAUUUAUAUAUUUGUGUUUGUUAUUUCCUUCA